AUGGCCAGCUCCAAGCUCCCCAUCCUCUGCAUAGGGUUCUCCAUCCUCUUGCUUUUGGGGGCCAGAGAAGAGGCUGUGGGACUCCGGGGGGCCGGUGUGGGUGCCGAGGAGAGCCAGGAGGAAAGGGAGAUGAUCGGAGCCCUGAAAGAGGUUCUGGAAAAGCUGAAGAACCACCAGCUGCCGUCCAUCGAGAAAAAGCUGGGCUGGGUGCCCUCCUGUGAUGCCGGGGAGUCCUGUGCCGUCCGGAAAGGGGCACGCAUUGGCCGGCUGUGCAGCUGCCCUUGGGGGACAUCGUGCAAUCUGCACAUCCUGAAGUGCUUGUGA